AGCGCCGGAUGUUGGCUCUUUUUUUUUUACCCUGUGGAAGAACAACAUGGCAGCUGUGGACUGUGAUAUGCCGGUGGAGCCGGAGAGUAACAUACCACCGCAGGAGGAUCUGGAGAGGGAGGCAGAAAUUUUCAAGGAGAAGGGAAAUGCAUUCUACAUUAAGAAAGAAUACUCAGAAGCUUUCAACUACUACACAAAAGCCAUCGAUGCGUGCCCUAAGAACGCCAGUUACUAUGGUAACCGCGCAGCCACCCUGAUGAUGCUGAGCCGUUUCCGAGAGGCGCUGGAGGACUCCCAGCAGGCAGUUCGGCUGGAUGACUGCUUCACGAAGGGCCACCUCAGAGAAGGGAAGUGCCAUUUAUCGUUGGGCAAUGCCAUGGCCGCCAGUCGCUGCUUUCAGAAAGUUCUGGAACUGGAUCCCACCAACACUCAGGCCUUACAAGAGCACAAAAAUGCAGCAGCUCUGUUGGAGUUUGAGAAGAUGGCCGAGUAUGGAUUUGAGAAGAGGGACUUCAGAAAGGUGGUUUUCUGCAUGGAUCGGGCGCUGGAGUUCGCUAGUGCCUGUCACAAAUUUAAGAUCUUGAAGGCGGAAUGUUUGGCUUUGCUGGGGAGAUACCAUGAAGCCCAGUCUGUGGCCAGUGAUAUCCUGAGGAUGGACUCCACUAACGCUGACGCCCUGUAUGUGCGAGGUUUGUGUCUUUAUUAUGAGGACUGCAUCGAGAAGGCUGUUCAGUUUUUCGUGCAGGCUCUGCGCAUGGCACCUGAUCACGAGAAAGCUCGUCUAGCAUGCAGAAAUGCUAAAGCUCUGAAGGCAAAGAAAGAGGAGGGCAAUAAUGCCUUUAAGGAUCGUGACUAUGAUGCUGCAUAUCAACUGUACACAGAGGCCCUGACCAUAGACCCCAACAACAUCAAAACCAACGCCAAGCUGUACUGCAACAGAGCCACCGCUGGGGCCAAGCUGAAUAAACGGGAGCAGGCCAUUGAGGACUGCAGCAGUGCCAUCAAACUGGAUGAGAGCUACAUUAAAGCCUACCUGAGGAGAGCGCAGUGUUAUAUGGACUUGGAGCAGUACGAAGAAGCUGUUCGGGACUACGAGAAAGUCUACCAUACAGAAAAGACGAAAGAACAUAAAACUUUGUUGAAGAAUGCUCAGUUAGAGCUGAAGAAAAGCAAAAGGAAAGACUACUAUAAGGUCCUUGGAGUCGGCAAGGAUGCAACAGAGGAUGAGAUAAAGAAGGCUUACCGCAAACGUGCCCUCAUGCACCACCCAGACCGGCACAGCGGAGCAAGUGCUGAGGUUCAGAAGGAGGAGGAGAAGAAGUUUAAGGAAGUGGGUGAGGCCUUCACUGUGCUGUCCGACCCCAAGAAGAAAUCUCGUUAUGACAGCGGCCAAGACCUGGACGAUGACGGCAUGGGAGAUUUCGAUGCCAACAACAUCUUUAAGGCCUUCUUUGGUGGACCUGGAAAUUUCAGCUUUGAAACAAACUCUGCACCUGGAAAUUUCUUUUUCCAGUUUGGCUAAAGUGGAUUCCAUCAGCUCAGGAACAAGAUAGAAGUCUGACAACAAUUUUUUUUAAACUCUCAACCUUUUUCUCCUGCCAUUUCUGCUAAUUAUGCGGCCCCUCACCACUCACCCUUCACCCAGAAUUCCCCUCAACCUCUGUUUCUUCAGACAGUCUGUACCUGUUUGCACUUAUCCUGCUCUGAUCGCUUUCUCGUCAGAUUGGUUUGUAUUCUGAUCUAUUACUGAUGUUUCGGAUGAAGCUUGAAUACUUUUUUUACACAAAAGAUCAAAAACAAAUAAAAAUUUAGAAUGUAGGACCAGAUAUGGAUGAAUCUCAAAAUGUUGGAGGUAAACAUCUGAAGUCAGAGUCCUCCCUGACACACUCUGAGCCACAGUUACAUUCGCUAGAUUGACAAGUGACAAGGUGAGCAGCAGCAAAUUAUGUUUCCUCUCUCUCUCUCUCUCUCUCUCUCUCUCUCUCUCUCUCUCUCUCUCUCUCUCUCUCUCUACUUGAUUAAAGACUUAUCAUUUUUGCACAGUGCAUGCUUCAGCAUUUUUCAACCUGUUGUGUAUCUGUCGCAUCUAUAUCAUAUGAUCGAUUACCAUGGACAGUAGUUUCAUUCUUUUUUUUUUUCUUUGUAUUUAAAAACAACAAAAAGUGUUGACUUGGAACCCCUUCAUAAUAGAGGCCAGUGGGUAGUUGCUGAAUUGUAAAUUGCUGAAUAAAUGUAUGAUAUACACAAAAUAUGACACUAAUUUGAAACUACAGCUGUUCCACUCUUAACUGUUCGGGUGUUGGGAUGAGAGACUGACAGAAUGUCUUACCAAAGCUGUUCUUAUGAAGAUUUAUCCAACUUUUCAAUGCAAGAGCAAUACCGGAAAGCAGUCCUGGUUACUUUUUCCUUCUCAAACAUUUUCUGGUAUUCAUUUAAAACUUACAUUUCAAUGAAAACUUCAUGUAAGUGGUCUCCAAAGAUACAUGUUUUGUGUAAAUUUUUGCUGAUGUAAUUUAGUAACUGCCCAUUGGCUUCUAUUAUAAGUGUGUUUUGAGUUGGUGGGUUUUCUUUUCUGCUCUAAGGAAAGAAAAAAGGUUGAAAUCAUUGUCAGUGUUAAUUGUCUACGCUUGCAGCAGGUAUAGAUUAAGUUGAAAAACACUGGAGUUUUCCUUUAACACCCCCAGUAUCCUCUCUUCUACCAAAGCUGUCCACACUCAGGGCUAUUCUGGGCUACAUUAUGGCCACACGGUUCAUGAUUCCUAUAGAUUGUAGAUUAAAUAUGUAGUGCCAUCUUAAACAGACGUGAUCCGUACACCGUCCUUUAAUAUUUAGUGCAAGUUUGCUAAAACCACUGGUGCUACUUUAGCAACACAGAUUAUUGGUUUGUCCCGUUUGUUCUGAACCAGCUGUGUCAGAAUCGAAAAACGGUCAUGAACAAGAUUUGGAUCCAUGUUUAGAUCGUCAGACCGUAUAAUUGAAGUGUUUUCAGUCUGUAGUGAAACACUCAGGUCAGCUUGGUGAACGUUAAAGCAAUGGCUCAGUCAAUGAUGCUAAUGUUGCUAACAGUGAAUGAAAGUGAAUAGCCAUCGGUUAGCAUUCUGAAAAAUAGCUUCAUACUAAUGUGUGGGUGCCGGCUUACAUUCACUGUCUGCAACAUAAGCCUGUUUGUUUGGUCUGUCAACAGUCUCUCACUUACGGACGGGGUCUCUUUUGCUCCUGUGUCGUUUCAUUGGUUUAUUUUACUGGAAUGUAAAGUUUUGCUUGUGUUCAUAAUUGAUUAUCUUUUAAACUAUUCUUAGUUUUUGACAUACAUGUUUGUAUUUAUUGUAUAGUGAAGCGGAAGCAACAGCUACAGUGGACUUUUUAUAAACGUCAAAACAGAUAAAAUGGGCAACGAUACAUUACUGGUUUAUGUCUGUAUAAAAGAAACCAGAAUCAAUGUAUAUGCAAUUUGCCUUUCCAUAAUUUUAUCAUUUUUUUUUUCUAAAUAAACUUUUUCGGCCACUAUGCAGGAAACUAGUCUUACUGCAGCGAGAGAAAUGAACUGAAUCAGGUUUUUCUUGUACAGACUUCGCCAUGAUAAACUGAACAUGCUCACAAUUUGUAAAGUCAAUAUUGCCAAUAAAUUGUAAAGCUCA